AACACACUCGUUAUUUUUUUUUUAUCCUUCUUGAUUUUCUUUUUUUUAAUUCACUUCUUUCUUUCUCUCUCUCUUUUUUUUUUUUUUUUCUUCUUACUUAGAAAAUGUCGAAUAACUUCUUGUCUGUAAACAAGAAUUCAACACCGUAUGGUUCUUCCAGUCAAGCGAGUUCAUCCGUGUCUUUACAGGACCUUCGACCUAAUGGUAGCGGCAGAGCAUCGCAAGGUGGGUCACCGCAACAAUUCGAUUCUUGGGAAUCCAUCCAUCACCAAGACGAUGAAUUGCCAGAACCCGUGUUACCUUGGAUGAAAUCAGAAUCACGUCAAUCCAUUGGCUCACGAAAUUCAGUCGAUACUACCAGUCUUCAUGUGGUAAAGCGAUAUGCACCAGACCCAGCCAUUAAGAAGAAGCAACGUUGGACAAAGCAUAAAUGGUGGUUGUUAUUAUCUAAUUCACUGUUGUUUUGUUAUGGACUAGGCAUCUUAUUGCUUGCACUCUUGACCUUUUUCAAAUUUUAUCUUCGUGCAGAUGUGAUUUUAGUAGGAGAACGAAUGAUUCUGAAUCUUAUCCUCGCUACAGGUGUAAUUUGUUUAUUCACGUCGCUUGUAGGAUAUGCUGGUAUUAUGCUGAAUAACCGAGGUAUCUUAUCCUUGUACAAUCUUUUACUGUGGCCUAGUUUCGGAAUGAUCGCUGCCAUUGGUUACACGGCCUACCGUAAAAACAAGUGGAAUAUCGAAGGCAAAUUGUCCUACCAAUGGCAUUAUGAUUUAGAUUCGGAUGGUAGAGCCCGUAUCCAAGCCAACCUUCAUUGUUGUGGAUAUAAAUCGUUCACAGAUUACCAUGAGCGAUCCAACAAAUGUUUCCCUCGUACAUUAUUACCAGGUUGUAAAUUCAAGUAUCAAACAUUUACCAAGGAAGCAUUGACGAUUACUUGGAUUGUAGCCUUUUCAAUGAUCCCUGUGCAUUUGUUUGUGUUGUUCUCAGCCUUAUUAUGCUCCAAUCAUAUCAAUCGUAAGUUUGGUAAGGGACUUCCCCCCAAGAUUUAUCGUUUGGAUUAUCAAGGGAUUGUUGCGGGUACACCUACAGGUAGCUCACUUAAUCUUCAUAAAGAUGGUUUACAGCAAAGAAAUAUCUAGUCCCCCCUUUUUUUUUUCUUCUCUCUAUACCAUCUAAUUACAUUUAAAGAAUUUACAUUUAUUUAUAUAUAUAUAAAAAAAAAAAGCAUCAUUUAUUUCUUUGAAGACAAAAACAAUA